AUGGAGGUGUCUAUUUCAUUUGGCAGAUUUGAGAAUGACACACCCUCUUGGGAAAAAUGGUCAUUUUUCACAACAAACAAGCAUUUAGACGAAAUCGUACGCUUGUCGAAACCCGGCUCGGUUGCCCGAAAGGCGGCCUACUUCGACGAAUACUACAAAAAGAUCGCCGCGGCUAGAAAAGCCAAGGAGCUUGAGCUAGGUAAAGAGCUCGAGAAGGAAAAAUCGGCGAACGCUAAUUUGAGCGUAGAAGAGCCAAGAACAUGCGAUCACGUCCGAAAAUCAUCGGGGAUUGGUGUAGAUAUCGGCUUAUCUAACGGUGAUAGAUUGUUUGAUAAAGUUAUUAAUGAGAUGACAGGUCGUAGUUCCGGGUCUCGUGGAUUAGCGGUUGGUGAUAGCAAAUCAAACUAUAAAAGAUUGAGUGGUCGAUUAGGGGAAGAGAUUCUUCGCAAGGGCUCUAAGAAGGCGGUGGAUAAACUUUCGGAAAGGAAAAACGGUGUCGAGAGAUCGACUUUGUUGAAAACGGGGAAUUCUAAAAGUUUGAGUGGCAGAUUUGGGGAAGAGAUUCUUCAUAAGGACUCUAAGAAGAUGGUGGAGAAACUUCCGAAAAGGAAAAAUGGCAUCGAGAGAUUAACUCUGCCAAAAACAGGGAAUUCUAAAAGAUUGAGUGGUAGAUUAGGGGAAGUGAUUCUUGAUAAGGGCUCUAAGAAGACGAUGGAGAAACUUUCAGAAAGGAAAAAGGGCGUCGAGAGAUCGACUCUUUCAAAAACGGAAAAUUCUAAUAGUUUGAGUGGUAGAUUAGGGGAAGAGAUUCUUCAUAAGGGCACUAAGAAGAUGGUGGAGAAACUUUCAGAAAGGAAAAAUGGUGUCGAGAGGUCGACUCUGCCGAAAACUGGGAAUCCUAAGAGAUUGAGUGGUAGAUUAGGGGAAGAUAUUCUUCCUAAGGGCUCUAAGAAGACUGUGGGGAAACUUUUGAAAAGAAAAAAUGACGUUGAGAGAUCGACUCUGCCAAAAGCAGGGGAUCCUAGAUUGAGUGGUAGAUUAGGGGAAGAGAUUCUUCGUAAGGGCUCUGAGAAAGCGAUGGAGAAACCUUCAGAAAGGAAAAAUGACAUCAAGAGAUCGACUCUUUCGAAAUCGGGAAAUCCUAAGAGAUUGAUCGAUAGAUUAGAGGAAGAGAUUCUUCAUAAUGGCUCUACGAAAAUGGUGGAGAAACUUUUGGAAAGAAAAAAUAGCAUCGAGCGAUCUACUCUGUCUAAAACUGGGAAUUCUAAGUCGAAUGCUCGUGGAAUGGAUCAAAAGGUACUUCCAACAACAAAGGGAAGAAACCCGAGCAUGGCUGAGAAGAAAGUUGUACCACAUGCAUUGCCUGCGCCCACUCCUAGACCUAAGACGACAACUUUAGCAACCUUGUCCGGCUCGAAACAAUUAAAGAAUAAGGCAAAUCCAACUAAAAAGGAACGAAAUUUAGGUGCGACCGAGAAGAAAGUUGUACCAUGUUCUACUCCGUUGUCGACACAUGUUGAUGCAAAGGCAAAAUUGACAACCUUAUCCUCCGAAACCCUGUUGAAAAACAAGGCAAGCUUGUCACCAUUGCGAAAAACCACUAAUCUUCUCAAAAGAGAAAAAACAAGCCAAAAGGUAACUCCGAAAAAGGAACAAAAUUCGACUGUGCCAAAGAAGAAAGUUGGGCCACAUGCAGUGCCGGUUUCCGCUACUAUACAACCAAAGCCAACAUCAACAUCAAAGACUUUAGCCAAACCAUCUGAAAAGAAGGUCCAAAGGUCGCUAACUGACGCAAGUCAUAAUCCAAAGGCAACUCCAACAAGAAAAUCUUCGCCUGUUCAGCCUAUAGAUAGAAAGUCUUCGAAAACGGACAAAAUGGGAGAGAAGGACUUUGCUAAACGAACGGUCAAGACUUUGAAAGAUCGCACGAACGGCCCUUCGUCGCCCGACAAAAUCACCAAUACGCGAAAGCAGGCGACACUUGCUAAUGUCGAGACGAAAACAUCCAAUUCUCUCAUUGUUAGCAAGGAGAACAAAAGAUCAAAAAGAGAAGCUGAAGGCAGGGCAACUCAAGAAACUCCAUUAGGAAAUAAAUCAAAGCCUUUGGUCUUUAGGAAAUUGGAAGUAAAAUCAAUUGUCAAAGUGGCAGAAAAUGGACCAGUUAGAGCAAAAUCGAAGGAGGUAAAACAGUCUCCGACUAAACCGUCAAUUAAAUCGCCCAAUUUGAAGGCCAAACCUUUGCCAUCUUCUUACAGAGGUCAAAUGAAUGGACAGUGUUGA